AAGAUGUCAGAAAACCAACGAAUAAGGGCCUACGUCUUUAAAAACCCUAGGUGACGUCACUUGAUUGAACGCGUUGAUUCUCUGGAUGUAUAAACAAAACCCGGUCACGCUUUAAAAAAGUCAUAAGGCAAGGAGUGUGUGUUCAUUCCCACCAGGAUGAAGGUGGUGAAUUUGAAGCAAGCCAUUCUGCAGGCUUGGAAAGAGCGCUGGAGUGACUACCAAUGGGCAGUCAACAUUAAGAAAAACUUUCCAAAGGGGGCAACAUGGGACUACCUUAACUUCGCAGAGGCUCUGAUGGAGCAGGCGAUGAUUGGUCCAUCUCCCAACCCACUCAUUUUGUCUUACCUUAAAUAUGCCAUAAGUUCACAGAUGGUGUCGUAUUCCAGCGUUCUCACUGCCAUCAGCAAGUUCGACGGCUUUUCCCGGGAGCUGUGUGUCAAAUCGUUGUUGGAGAUAAUGGACAUGUUCUGCCAUCGUCUCAACUGCCACGGGAAGGCCGAGGAGUGCAUUGGGCUGUGUCGGGCCCUGCUGGGAGUGGUGGUGUGGCUGCUGCAGGGCUGUGCGUUUUACUGUGACCAGCUGAGAGAGCUGGGGCCGUCGGCCAGCACCGAGGCCAUCCUGAGAGCCUGCCAGGAGCGACUGCACGGCCUGAUAAGCAGCACCAAGAACAAAGCUCUGGUCCACAUCGCCCGGCUGGAAGACCCAGGUUCCUGGGGUAAUGUUGAGGAAACGAUGAUUGCGGUGACAGACGGCCUCUGUCAUGUUCCUAACGGGACACUGAGGACUUCCAUAGAGGAAACGCUGGCUUUGGUGAAAAGUAUUCCCCUGAUGCUCUCUGUGCAGAGUGAGCCUCCUCCUCACGCCUCCUUCCCAUCUGUCCACGCCUUCAUCAUGCUGGAGGGCACCAUGAACCUGACGGGGGAGACGCAGCCUCUGGUGGAGCAGCUGAUGAUGAUUAAAAGGAUGCAGAGAAUUCCUGGUCCUCUGUUCGUCCUGGAGAUCUGGAAGGCUUGUUUCACUGGCCUCAUCGAGUCACCAGAGGGCACCGAAGAGCUGAAAUGGACCGCCUUCACUUUCCUCAAAAUUCCUCAAGUUUUGCUCAGACUGAAGAAAUAUCCGCAAGGAGACAAGGGACAGGAUUUUACAGAGGAGGUAAACAUUGCGUUUCAGUACCUCCUGAAACUGACGCCGCUGCUGGACAAGGCAGACCAGAGAUGCAAUUGCGACUGCCUCGGCAUGCUGCUGCAGGAGUGCAACAAGCUGGGCCUGCUGUCGGAUUCCAACACCGAAGUCCUCACGUCCAAACGGAAUGAAGACAGGGAGUUUGCCCCACGGCUAAAAACGGCAGAAAACGCAAACAUCCAGCCAAACCCGGGCCUCAUCCUGAGAGCGGAACCAACUGUUACAAAUAUUCUCAAGACAGUGGAUGCGGACCACUCAAAAUCCCCUGAGGGCCUCCUGGGGGUUCUGGGUCACAUGUUGUCUGGGAAGAGUCUGGAUCUGCUCCUGGCAGCAGCAGCAGCCACCGGCAAACUCAAAUCCUUCGCCCGGAAAUUUAUUAAGCUCAACGAGUUUCCGAAGCACAUCAGCGGCGAAGGAUCUAAGUCUGCGUCUGUACGCGCCCAGCUCUUUGACAUUUCCUUCCUCAUGCUCUGUCAUGUUGUGCAGACGUACGGUUCAGAGGUGAUCUUGUCCGACCCCAGUCCUUCAGGGGAGACGCCCUUUUUUGAAACAUGGCUGCAGACGUGCAUGCCUGAGGAGGGCAAGACUCUGAAUCCAGACCACCCAUGCUUCAGACCCGAGCCGGGUAAAGUGGAGAGCCUGGUGACCCUGCUGAACAACUCCUCAGAAAUGAAACUAGUUCAGGUGAAGUGGCAUGAAAUCUGCCUCAGCACUCCGGCGGCCAUUUUGGAAGUUCUCAACGCGUGGGAGAACGGAGUUCUUUCCGUGGAGGCGGUGCAGAAGAUCACUGAUAACAUCAAGGGGAAAGUGUGCAGCAUGGCCAUUUGUGCGGUGGCGUGGCUGGUGGCGCACGUCCGGAUGUUGGGACGGGACGAGAGAGAGAAGCCUCAGACUAUGAUCCGACAGCUUGUGACUCCCCUGUACGCGGAGAACACGAUGCAGUUCUACAACGAACGCGUGGUCAUAAUGAGCUCCAUCAUGGAGCACAUGUGUGCCGACGUCUUCCAACAAACGGGCGCCAUGCUGCGUUCGCCCAUAGAAGGCCAAGAACCGAUCGCGUACCGCAACCUGCUGCCUCCCAAGGAACCCAUCCACCAUUCCCUCAGCAAGCAGUUCCAGGUGGUGCUGCGCAAAGGCUGGGUGGACAGUCGGGCUCUGCACCUGUUUGAGAGUCUCCUCAACAUGGGAGGGGUCUUCUGGUUUACUAACAAUCUCAUCAAGGAACUGCUGAAGGAAACCCGGCAGGAGUGGGCCACCCGGGUCGUAGAGUUGCUGUACAGCAUCUUCUGCCUGGACAUGCAGCAGAUCACGCUGACUCUGCUGGGAACCAUCCUGCCCAACCUCCUGACCGACUCUGCUCACUGGCACAGCCUGGCCGACCCUCCCGGAAAGGCCUUGGCCAAGCUGUCAGUGUGGUGCGCUCUCAGCUCUUACUCCUCGCACCACAAAGGCCCCUUCUCGGCUCGUCAGCGGAAAAGGCAGAGAGAAGAUAUCGAGGACUACAACAGUCUCUUCCCAUUGGACGACACUCAGCCGUCUAAACUCAUGAGGCUCCUCAGCUCCAACGAGGACGAGCCCGUCGCUCUCUCCAGUCCAGGAGACCGGUCCAUGAGCAGCUCCCUGUCUCCGUCUCAGCUGCACACCGUCAACAUGAGGGACCCUCUCAAUAGAGUCCUGGCCAACCUCUUCCUCCUGUUCUCCUCCAUCUUGGGCUCCAAGAUGGCGGGGCCUCACACCCAGUUUGUGCAGAGUUUUCUUGAGGAGUGCGUCGAGUGCUUGGAGCAGGGAAGCCGUGGGAGCAUUCUGCAGUUCAUGCCUUUCACCAUGGUGUCGGAGCUGGUGAAGCUGCCGGCGCUGGCCAAGCCCAAAGUGGUCCUGGCCAUCACUGACCUGAAUCUGCCCCUGGGAAGGAGAGUGGCUGCCAAAGCCAUCUCGGCUCUUUAAACUCUUCCAGUUUCCAGUUCGUCCAGCCCCGGACUCACCCGCCCCACCAAUCUAACAUGUUCUGAGAAGCGAAGAUGAAGGACGAAGGGUAAAAACAAAACUUAAGCCUGAACGGACCGACUGGAGUAUUAGACUUCCCUUUUUUUUUUCUUUACACACAGUAUCUUUUUGAGCUUUUUUCAUACAUCUUUGACUUUAUAAAUAGGUUUUUGAAUAAAAAAAUAGUUUGCUUUUGCCAGUUA